GCGCGGGGAGGAGCCCACUCCAGGUCCCUACAGUGGGGGAGGCGAGCGUCCUGAAGGUCAUUAGUCCUCCGCUCGGUUCCCUCCGCGUCCUUGGCCUUUCUCCCCACCGAACUUUCCAGAAUCCCAGUAUAUCCCCAAACUGAUGUUCAGUCGAGACAAAUCCAGAACUGCAUGAAAAAUGUAUUUUCCUCUCUGCACCUCCAGCGAGUGGGCUGGGAGGCGCGGGCCGGAAGCGGAAGUGCCGGUCCCGUGCCGGCGACUUCCUGUCUGGCCAUGGCGGAGUCUCCGCCGCUCAGGGAACCGGUGCUGGACGCCAAAUCCGAGGUCACCUGCCAGCUUAUAGAUUUCCAGUGGAAACUGGGCAUGGCUGUGAGCUCUGACCAAUGCAGAUCGCUCAAGUAUCCGUAUGUGGCGGUGAUACUAAAAGUGGCAGACCAUUCUGGCCAAGUAAACAGCAAGUCCAUCGAAAUGACCAUUCCACAGUUUCAGAAUUUCUACAGACAGUUCAAGGAAAUUGCUGCUGUAAUUGAAACUGUAUGAGAACGGAUUUGUGAUUCUAAAGUAAUGGACUCUAUCAUCCAGAAAAGAACUACAUAUGGAUCAAAGGAUAUUUAUGCAAUGAAAAUUGCGCUUCUGGGACUGGAGAGAUUGCUCAGAGGUUAGGAGCACUGGUUGCUCUUCCAGAGGACCCAGGUUCAGGUUCAGUUCCCGGUACCUACAUGGCAGCUCACAACUGUCUGUAACUCCAGUACCAAGGGAUUCUACACCCUCCCUCAGAUGCCUAUGCAGGCAACGCACCAAGGGGUACAAAAUAAAAAAUUAACUAAAAAUAA